AACAUAGCGUUUUCGCUAUAUAAGAGUUACACCUGAAGUGCGUCCCAAGAUUUUUAAUAGCGGUUUGUCGUAGAGAGUUCAUUCUUUUUUUGUUUAAAAGAGGAAAAGAAACUACAUCGACUGACCGUCGUCGAUUUUUGAAUUAGGUCUUAGUUUUUUGUCAAACUGAGAAUUUUUAGAAAAUCCGGAAGGCUUUUUCGGGUUUUAGCAGGUUGUUGGUUGCCUGGAAAAUCAAUAAAGGCUUAACUGAAAAAUCGACACCUGUCAGUCGAUGUAGUUAGGUGUCUAGUUUAAAACAAAACAAAUCCGAACUCUCCAGCUUGAAGUAUAUUAAAAAAUUUUGGGACGCCGUUCAGGGUCCUUUUUGAACCUUGAUCUCUGAAAAACUCCUAAACCGUAAGACUUGGAGACAAAAAAAUCUUUUCAUUCCCGUAACUCAUUAUGCCGAACAUUUACGGAAAGUUUUGUCAAGAUCGGAUGUACGGUGCCGGAGAUAAUUUCUGAGGGGUGGGGCCCUUAAGUCAACAAUAAUCAUUGUCAUUUUUUUUCGUUAAUACAAAUUACUUACAUCUUGCUUUUAUUUUAGACCUAUAUAGAUGAACAUAAAGAAUUUUAUGGUGAAAACAGUGAACAAACAAAACAACACAGUACUAUUGGUAACGAUGAGGAUGAAUAUGAGAGAAAAACUUACGUAAUGGAUAGUGAUCAUCGAUUAUUAUUAAGAUGUACAAAACCAUUGUUACAAAGUAGAAAUUCAGCAGUUGUGAUGGCCGUUGCUCAAUUGUAUUAUCAUGUUGCACCUAAAACUGAAAUUCAAAUUGUGGUUAAAGCAUUAAUUCGUUUAUUGAGACAUCAUCGGUGGGAUGAAAUUCAGACAAUUGUCUUAAAAUCUGUUAUGUCAAUGGCUGAUAAACACAAAGAAAUUUUUGAACCUCAUUUAAAGAGUUUUUAUAUUCAUUCAACUGAUAAUGGGCAAGUAAAACGUUAUAAAUUAGAAAUUUUAACGAUAUUAGCUAAUGCAUCAAAUAUAUCAACAAUACUAAGAGAAUUUCAGACGUAUGUCUUGAGUACGGAUAAAGAUUUUGGUGCACAAACAAUACAUGCCAUUGGACGUUGUGCUAGUACAAUUAAAGAAGUUACUGAGGCAUGUUUAAAUGGAUUAGUGGCACUUAUGUCAAAAAAGGAUGAAGCAAUAGUUGCUGAAAGUGUCGUUGUAAUAAAAAAAUUAUUGCAAAUCAAUCCUUCGCAGUAUAGUGAAAUUAUCAAACAUAUCGUUCGAAUGGUAGACAAAGUUGUUGUGCCAACAGCUCGUGCUUCCAUAUUAUGGUUAAUUGGUGAAUAUUCCGACAGAAUAAGUAAAUUAGCUCCUGAUGUUUUAAGAAAAAUGGUCAAAAACUUUACAAAUGAGGAAACUAUAGUCAAACAACAAAUAUUGAAUUUAGCUGCAAAAUUAUAUGUCGUUAAUCCAAAACAGACCCAACUGCUUGUUCAAUAUGUGUUUAAUUUAGCUAAAUAUGAUAAAAACUAUGAUACUAGAGAUAAAGCAAGACUACUACGAGCUUUACUAAUACAAACAGAAAAAUGUCCACAUCUCAGUAAAUAUGCAAAGAAAAUCUUGUUAGCCUCAAAACCAGCACCAACUUUAGAAUCAUCGAUGAGAGAUAAUGAACAAUAUACUUUGGGCACACUAUCGCACAUUAUUGGUCAAAAAGCAAAUGGUUAUAAAGAUUUACCCGAUUUCCCUCUUGAACUACCAGAUCCAACAGUGAGAAAUGUUGAAGUUAUUUUGCCAGAAAAAACGAUACCCGUAUUUGGACAAAUGAAAAAAGGUGGACGAUCGUCAAAAGCUACGUCAGCAACUAAAGGAAAAAUGUCCUCAACAGUAGAGGGAUUUUAUUCUGAAGGUGAAUCAACUGAUGGACCAGAUCCCAGUGAAGAAGAAUCGUCAACAGAUACAUCGGAGGAAUCAUUAUCUGAAUCUGAAGUAGAAGAAGAUGACGAGAAGCAAGAGGAGACGGAAGAAAAUAACGAUGAGGAUCAGUUUGAAAAUAGUCGACCAAGUUUGGUAGAAGUUGGUGACGUUAACGAGUACGAACAAUUAGAAUCUCAGCUACAACAAGUACAAUCAGCGACAAAUACGAAACGGACAAUAGCUAAAAGUAGUUCGGAAAGUAGCAGCGAGGAAUCAGAUGAUGAGGAAAGUAAAGAAGAGGAUGAAACAUCGGAGGAUGACGAGGAAGAAAAGGAAGAAACGAAAGAGUUAUCAGGAAUAAGUUCCAAGCUUUCAUCGGUCAGAAACACAACAGAAAAAGAUGCAAUAUCAGCGCAAUCUAAAAAAGAUAAUGUACUGGUCGAUGAACGAUCUCUAUCAAAUGAAACAUCGUUACUCGCUUUUGACUUGGAAACCUUUCUGGGUUCAGGACCUACGACUACUACAUCUUCAGUAGCAAACACAACGACUCAAUCAAAACUGGAUGAUUUAAACAUAUUAGAAUCACUAUCGUCUGCUCCAUCUGUAUUAGCAUAUACACGACAAUUUGAACUAUUAAAUCGAAUAAAUGGAUCUGGAUUACAAAUUCAAUAUCGUUAUCCUCGUACAAAAUUUACUCGUAGACCAAAUAUGAUUAAUAUUGAAUUAAUAUUUACAAAUACGACACAGAGAGACAUACAACAUAUUUCGUUCUUCAAAGCACGCCCCGGUGUUCAAAUAAGUGAAUUUACUGAAAUCGAUGUAUUGCCAUCGGGCGCCUCGCUCGUCUCAACAAUGGGUAUUGAUUUCAAUGAUAAAACUCAACCAGCUCAAUUUGAUAUUACGUCAGAUGGAAAACAAAUUUCAUUAUCUAUUCCAUGUCAAGUUGGAGAAAUGAUUGAACAAAAAUUUCUAAAUGAACAAGACUUUCAACAACAACUAAAUAGUUUAAAAGGAAUGAAUGAGAUAAGUGAAACACUAAAAUUAGAUAUUGACACAUUGAAAAAGUUAAAUUUUUCAACAAUACAAAAUAAAAUUAUUCAAUGUACAAAUGUUUUAUCCGUACCUACGUCAAAUGACAAUGCUACUUUUAGAUUUAGUGGUCAAACAAUUUCUAGUAAAUCGUUAAUUUUAAUUUCUCUUCAAGUUAACUUGACAAAUUCAACUUUGACCAUGACAAUUAAUUCUGAUCGAAUUGUUCUUGCAACAAUGUUAUUAAAAGAUAUUAAACAAUCAUUUCCACAAACAUAA